AUGACUAACACAUCCAUUAUAGUUGUAUUUUCACUGUCUGGCUUCAGUGCCACAGUCAGCUACCAAGUCACACUUUUGUCUCUCACUUUACUAUGUUAUUGUCUCAUUUUGGUGGUAAAUGUGUCUCUCAUUUUAACCAUAAUCUUGGACCAAAACCUACAUGAGCCCAUGUACAUUUUUUUGUGUAAUCUGUGCAUCAAUGGACUUUAUGGGACUGCAGGAUUUUACCCCAAAUUUGUUUUUGAUCUUAUGUCUGAUAUUCAUAUCAUAUCAUAUGUGGGAUGCUUUUUGCAGGUCUUUGUUAUAUACUCCUACGCAACAAUUGAUUUCUCUAUUCUUGCUCUGAUGGCCUAUGACAGAUGUGUGGCUAUAUGUCGACCACUGGAGUAUCACUCUGUUAUGUCUGUGCGAAGGAUUGCCGUGUUAGUUAGUUUGUCUUGGCUUGUUCCUCUCUGCUUUGAGGUUAUGGUUGUAACUUUAACAUCUACUUUGAAAUUAUGUGGCUCCCAGAUACAGAAACUCUACUGUGAGAACUGGUCAAUUGUUAAACUUGCCUGUAGCACAACGAUAGCUAACAACAUUGUUGGACUGAUUGUUAUUUCUUUCUAUUGUGGGCAUGUCCUCUUCAUUGUGUAUUCAUACGUGCGAAUAAUAAUUGUUUGCUGGAAAAGCUCAGCAGAAUUCAAAGGGAAAGUAUUACAGAGCUGUCUGCCACAUGUUAUUUCUUUUGUGAUAUGUUCCGUCACAGGAUUUUGUGAUAUCGCCCUGAGCCGGUAUGAUCCUGAGGAGAUAAACACAUUUAUGGCUGUUUUUCUGUCACUAGAGUUUGUUGUCAUUCCUCCAGUUAUGAAUCCUCUUGUGUAUGGCCUGAAGUUACCAGAAAUUAGGAGACACAUUUUAAGAAUGUUAUAG